AUGAUACAAAGGGAAUUCUGGCUCCAUGUCAAAUGACAGUGGACUUUUGACAGUUUGCAUUUCACCAUAAUACAUUUGGUCGAAAAUUUUUAAUCGUGUGACAUUUGGUUGAAAAAUUAAUGUUUUUGUUUGGUCAAAUAUCUCACUAUCAAAAGUUUGAACCAAUUUUCAGCCAAAAACACUUCGGUGAAAUGGACACUUCAAAAAGGCAAUGCCAUUGGACCUUCACCCGGGAACUCGGAUCAAUUUACUUAACGGAUGGAGAAUCUUAUGAGCUCUACUUAUCAGACUAUUUCAGUGGAAACAAUCUAUCUUUUGCAAACUCAGAUUCCAAUAUGACAACUGGUUCAGCAAUUCUUGAAAAUAAAUGCGAAUUUUAUGCUAUCAUUCCUCCCAUACCAAAAUUCAAGCUGAAAUGAAACCUGAGCCCAUUAAUCUCUCAAACCUUUAAUAUCCUGAAGGCCAUUUCCUGAAUCAUAUGAAAUCAUAAUAUGGUAUAA